AUGGCGGCUGGAAUUGAUCGACAGUUUAAACCUCAUUCAGUUAGAGGAGCGUCUGUGUCGGCAGCAUACACGGCGGGGACAUCCUUGAGGGACAUACUGGAAACGGCAAACUGGGCAUCAGCCGAGAGCUUUAGGAGGUUCUACUUAAGAGAUAUUGAUGACCCGGGUUCCUUUUCAACCAGUGUUCUGCAGACAGGGCAGGAGGUUAAUGCUGAUGAGAUCCAUAAAACUUUGAAUGACAUAAAAGCAGCCAGCAAAGCCUGUAAGGAGGCGCAUAGACAAUGGGAAAAGGACAAGUAUUAUGAGCAAUGGGAUCCAGAAUAUCAAACUAGGGCCGAAAAGUUACUUUGUGCAGCUGACCAAUUUAGAAAGAAACUUGACUUGCCAUGGCCAAUGACAAAAUCAACUGAGGUGGAUGACUUGAAAGCUCGCCUCAAUAGAAUCACCCGCGACAAAGAGGAAGCAGAAUAUUGCCUCGGGGAAGCUGAAUUAGAAAUUAAAAGGCUAAAGGAUCGCUUAGGAGAUCAGAUAGAAUCAGAUGACUCAAAGCGUCCAAGGAAAGAAGGAAGUAUUGGUCGUCGAGGUCCUUCUCGUACUCCGAUCCAUCGUCAAGAGAGUAACACUCAGAAUGCAAGAAGGGAAAGUGGGAACAACGAAGCUCUUCAAAACGAAAUAGCGGAUCUGCAGAAAAAAUGUGAAAUACUUCAAGAUGAAAAUAAGUCUUUGUCAGAUUUUCGAACGAAUAGUACAGCGACAUUAGACAAAGCAAGAGAUGAGGCUGCCAGAUACAAGAAACAGAUGGAGACCAGUGAUGCCAAAGUAGCCAGUGACCAUCAAGAGAUUGACAAAUGGAAAAGCCAAUGCCUAGAAUUGUAUAGGUCUAUGAAAACUGAGCGUCAACAAAGAAAUGAACUUCAACGCAGUCUGCAACAGAGUAAAGCGAAUGAAGAUAACUUACACGAUCAACAUGACAGACUUCAGAAGGAAUUAUCUGCUGAGAGACAAGCCAAAGAUGAGGCACUGAUCAGUCUGCAGCAUAGUCAGUCAAAAGAGGAAAGUUUACGUGACACCAUAGACAAGCUACAAAGAAAGUUAUUAUCAGAGAGUGAGGUCAAGGACAAGUCUUUAUUCGAACUCAGUGCCGAUGUCCGUAACAACUUAUCUCACAACAAUCCUGCCAUCACUGACCUAAGUGACCCCAUGCGGCCAAUGAAAAUUGCCGAGAAAAUAUCAGAACUGUAUGAUCGUGAGUGGUCAGAUGCAUUGGAGAUCCUGGAGGAUUAUAUGGAUGAACAAAAGGCGAUUAAAGUUCUUCUAGAUAUCGUCGCGGAUGUGUUUACAACAUUUGAGGAUAUUGGCGAUUCUCAGGCAGACUUCAUAUCUUCCCUGGAACUGCCCCUCGCUGUACCAGACAUCGAUGACCUCCAGGAUACCGCCAGGUCGUCUCUUCUGGAAAACGGGAUGUUGCCAGCGCUACCAAGGGAAGUCAUCAGACAAUUGAGGCACUAUCGUCUAGCAAACUGUCAAGCUGUUUGUCCCCUGUUGUAUGAAGUCAUGAAGUCAAGGCUACAAAGCGUAUACCGAAUGGAUGGUAAAAUAAUUGAAGCUUGUAAAGACUUCAUUGAAUACACUGUCAAGUACAUCUGGAUGAUGCGAGUGCAAGAUCCACCUCUUCACAUCAAAUGGGAAUUUUUUCAUGGAGAGAAAUUUGACCACGACCGCCUAAGGACUUACACAAAAGGUGGAGAUAGUUUAAACUAUAUGGUAUGGCCCAUCCUGUACCUUUACAAAGGUGGACCCAUACUAGCCAAGGGGGUAGCUCAAGGCAUGAGCACCAAACCAAAAUAA